ACCAUCACACACUGAUUGACAUACACAUACACACACACUCAGAGCGGCAGGAUGGCGACGAAGUGGAUCGCAGAGAAAAUGGGAGACAUGGUGGAGGACGCCGUGAAGAAAGCGCUCGGUAAAGACGACAAGGACGAGGACAAAGAGGACAAGGAGGGAGGAUUCUUCUCCAAGAUCUUCGACAGAGACGACGACGAGGAGAAGAGGAGGAAGCUGCGAGAGAGGGAGAGGGAGAAGGAGAAGGAGGACGAUGAAGGAUUCUUCUCAAAGAUCUUCCACCGUGGCGAUGAUGACGAUGAUGACGAAGGCCGCGAGAAGAAAUCUGGGUUCUCCGGGCUGUUCUCUGAGCUGGAAGGACCUCCGGGAGGAACCGGAGAACAGGGCGGAGGAACGAGCGUGGGGAUCAACGACGGAGACUUGCUGAGCGACCUGAUGGAAGUGGCCGAGGAAACGUCUAAAGGGAACUGAUCCUGAGGAAAAUAAUAUAUAUAUUUAAUGUUUCGUCCCGCGUGUAACGUCUUUAAAUAUAUGUUUGUGAAAAGAGGAUUUGUUCAUGGAGAUCAAAACUCUUGAGUCUAAUUUAGGACGUGGUUAGCGCAGCUUAGAAAGAAUGUUAAACCUCAUGUGUUCAUUUUCACAGUCACAGAAAUGUAAAAGAAAGUGUGUUUUAGUUAUUCUGGUUUAGCACAAGCAGCACGUCUGAGGUUUGAGGGAAGAAACUGACAUUUGAGGAAAAAAAGCAAACAUUUGGGAAACAAUUUAGAAUAAAUUCGGGAUUUGGGGGAAAAAGUCAGAAUUCUAAGAAAAAAGUCAGAACUUUGAGAAAAAAGUCAGAACUUUGAGAUAUCAAAUAUAUCUCUGAGUGGAGUUGAAGCCCUUCAUAACUGAAAUGAAAGAGUUUUAUAUAUUUCUAAAUAAAAUGACUUUAUCAAAUGAAAA